GAACAAUUGAAAAAUGGAUAAGAUAAUACAACAAAAGGAUGAUCAAAUUAUGAAGCUGCAGGCCCAAUUAUUGGAACAACACAAAAUAUUAGAUAACAGCAAAGCUAAGGAUGCUCAAAUUUUGAGUCUACAAGCUCAGCUAGGGGAAAAGAACAAAUUGGAACGGAACAGUUUCCAAACAGUGAAGGAGGUUUUUCCAAACUCAUCCCUAACUGAACAUGAGGAUGAGUUGGCGUUAGGCGAACACAGUCAGUUAUUCAGUCCACCACCUGACAGUGUGUUAAAUUUAAAUUCUGUUAGUGCUGUAGUAAAAGAAUCGUUAAUAAUAAAUCCAUGCAGCGAAGGAACUGAAGAAUUGUGGGACCGUAUUUGGGCCGAAAAUGGGUGUGGUACGGAAACCCAGAAAUGGCAUGAGUUCAACAUAAAACAUGGAUUAGAAUUUUAGCGGGGGAUCAAGUAAAAUCUGGAAGUGUUCCAGGUUGGACGAGUGAGCAUACAGUUAAAAAACACUGAAAGUGCAUUACCAUUAAGGUAUGAGCUGCUUCUCUUGCUAAAGAACAACUUGUCCUUUACGUUCAGAGUGUUGGUGAAGCUGGGUACUUAAAUGGCUCUAAAGAUGUUUCACUUCGCUGGCAUUGCAGCGAUGAACAUCACACAUGGACUAUUUAGGAAAGGAUUUUCAGCAUACUGGGAACACAACUAUCAACAAUGCAACAUUCUAGGGGUGCUAUUUUAUCAUUCAAGAGCCUUAUACAAUGAUUUUCAUCUGCAAUUUGUAUGGCCUUUCCCAAGCUUAUGCCAGAAGUUGAA